CCUGAGGACUUAAUACGAGAAAAUGAAGAGACGAACAAAAAUAACAAAGGUAUUCCUUCUUCUCUGGAUUUUCUGGUUGCUCCUUUUUGUUAUCGACGGAGAUGACCUACGACGGCGGCUUCAACAGUACAGAUACCAAGAUUUUUGAGACUCAUGGAUGACGGAAUACUGCCGGAGAAUGCUAAACGACGAGGAAAACGAUGCGCCGGGGAAAUGCCGAGAACGGCGGCGCCGGAGAAUCGAGAGGAGGCGUUCGGCAGUGAUGAGUCAAGGAAAUCGACCAGACUCGAAGCGGUUACGAUUCAGUGAACCGGCGGCGACUUCUUCAUCAAGCGAAGACUUAGAGUCCACGGGCGAGGCUCCGAUUAGAGAACCAGUGUUCGGGACGAUGUCUAUAUCGGGGAGGUCUCGUCACAUGGAGGACGCUAUAUCCGUAAGAACAAUGCUUUGCCGGCCGGACAGUUGCCGGCGCGAACCAGUUCACUUUUUCUCCGUUUACGAUGGCCACGGUGGACCUCACGUGGCGGAGCUUUGUAGGGAGAUGAUGCACGUGUUUUUGGUGGAGGAGUUGAAUCGUUUGGAAGGUACGCACGGGGGCCCUGCUGGUGAAGAAGGCAGCGUGAGUUGCAGCGCCAAAGAGGGCGAAGAGAACGAGAAUGUUACUGAGAUGGAAGAAGAGUACUUGUGGAGGAAAGUCAUGGAGAAGAGCUUCGAGAAAAUGGACAAGGCAGCUAUAAAAGCGUACCCGUGCAGUGGCGUGGGUCUCCGGUGCGGUUCCACCGCCGUGGUAGCGGUUCUCACGCCCGAUCACAUUGUGGUCGCCAACUGUGGUGACUCACGAGCCGUCCUCUGCCGCGGCGGGGGCCGCGCUAUACCACUCUCCCAUGAUCACAAGCCAGAUAGAUCAGAUGAACGGGCAAGGAUUGAAGGUGCUGGUGGACGGGUCAUAUAUGUGAACGGGGCUCGAGUGGAAGGCAUUCUUGCAAUGUCCCGAGCAAUAGGGGAUCAGUAUUUAAAGCCAAUAGUAACAUCAGAGCCAGAGGUCACUUUCACGAAAAGAGAAGCCGAGGAUGAAUGCUUAAUUAUAGCAAGCGAUGGCUUGUGGGACGUUCUGUCAAGUGAGUUGGCUUGCGAGGUAGCUCGUGAGUGUCUUCGUGAAGGAGCAUUAGCAGUGAGAAGCACAUCUACCAUGGAUUCCAAAACUAGUACUACCACUACUACUGGUCCUCAGAGCGAAGAUGUAACAGGUAAUGGAGGGCCCGUGUGUAUCACACGGGGUUCAUUUACGAGGUUGCAGCCCACCAACUUCUGAGGAGACAUGCUCCUAACAGUGUCAAAGAGUGGCUGCAUGUUUUCCCAUGGCCAGGCGGCGCAAUGGGACAUAAUGUUUGUCGCAUGUACGGGCUCGACACCACGAUUUGUAAGACAACAUCUUUGUCAGACAAUUACCUAUGGGCGAGGGUCUCUGCGCAUGACACCUAGUGCUACCAUCAAGACUCUGAGAGGUCUUCUCGCAAACCUGGAGGAUUCACAUGGAGGAAACUCAAGCUAACAUAUCCAAGGUUCUCAGGGUGUGGCUCGGUGGAGAACAGCCUUCCCCCGAGGAGUCCUCCAAAGACGUGGGGCAACCUAUCUUUCGAGUAGGCAAUGAGCUCAAUAGAGAUUACUAAACCAUCUCGGAGAACCUAGCUACUCUAAGAGACUGCCAUGUGUUACUUGGGUGAAAACAUGGACAACAAAGCUAUUUAAAAAAACAUUACAUGUUACAAUUAAUACAUUAUAGUACAAUAUUCAUCCGAGAUCUCCACAA